AUGAGCUUCGAUCUCGCGAGCGAGGACGAAGAGGACGACGACGCGCGGCGGAAUCGAACGCGGCUGCAAAAGAUAUUGGACUCGCUCAUCAAGAAGUUCUUCGGUCGGGCGAAGACGAAUCUGGUGAAAUUACCGGUGGCGCUAAUUUCCCUCCUCGUCGGUUUUUCCAUGUGCGCGCUCAUUCCGCAUCCGGAGUCGCCGCAAGACGCGUUUAUUUCGUUUACUAUUAUUUUGCUCUCAGAGUUCGUCUCAAGCGUGCUUUACGGCGUCGAUAACCAGGGCGGGCUCCUGCGGUGGUUGUGUGAGGGUCCGCUCGCACCCAUGAUUGUGAACUGCUUCAAGAUCGGCGUGCUAUACGGUCUCUUUUGUGACGCGUUCAAGGUCGGUUCGUGA